UGGUGGGGGCGCCCAACCAUUUUGAAAGUAAAAAUGUACUGUACAAUCCGGGAUUUUCGUCGGUCGGACGGUCGGACGGUGCGCGCGACUGGGUGAAAAAAUCGUGCGUGGGACAGGCCGCGCGUACGUACGGGUCGUAGCCGGAGUUACGCGGAGUGACCGCGCGCGUAAAAUGACGUAGACGUAGCGUCUCGCACGCGUCUCGUAGCGGGUGUGAGGCGGCGAGGAGAGGCGCGCGCGCGCGCGCGCGCUGGCUGCUACUCACUACUGCUAUUGCUGCGGCUGCUGCUGCUGCUCGCCGACGUGUGUACGUGCGUGCAUGCGUGCGUACGUGCGUGCGUGCGUGCGCGCGUAUGUGUGUAUGUAGCGGUGAGCGCGAGCGAGCGAGCGAGCGAACGAACGGAAACGGUGUGCGGUGUGCGCGCGGUGUGGUGUGCCCGUCGUCGUGCGGCGCGCGUCUCGUAUAGCGAUCGACGGUGGCGGUACGGGAAAUUGGCCGCGCCGCGGUGGCUUCGCCAAUGGAUGCCAGGCAGCGGGACGGGACGACGCCAUUUUGAUAUACGGGCGCACGUCAAGCGCUUCGCCAGGCUUCGCAGUGGAACGCGCUCCGCGAGAGUCGUUCACCGCCGGCCUGCGUAGGACCCGCGCGGGGCCGAUUUCGGGCGUUUACGCGAGCUGGGCCGGGGAUCGCGAGGCGGCUGGUGUGCGUUGCGCGCUGCGUGGCGCGACGGAUCCCCGUGAGUUUCGUUGACAAGUGACAGGUGAAUCGAUCGGAGCCUACGGGAGAGAGAACGAGCGAGUGGGAGCGAGAAAAAGAAAGAGAGAGAGAGAGAGAGAGAGAGAAAGAGAGCAAGGCUCUUAGCCGUUUGUCGUCGUCGUCGUCAUUGUCGUCGUGUUUGUUGCGGUCUCGCGCGAGUCGAGAGUGCGGAACGGAACGAAGCGGAGCGGAUCGGAAGAGUCGCGGCGAGCCGAGCCGAGCCGAACCGAGCGGAGCGGAGAGCGGUACUGUACCGUGCCGUGCCUCUGUACUCUACUGUACUUUACUGUACUGUACUGUGCUGUGCCGUAGUGCUGUGCGCCGUGUAAACGCGCGAGUCGCUCGCUCGCCCGCCUGCCCGCUGCCAAUUACCUCCCCGGUGGAGCGCACCGAUUUUUCCUCGCACGCGGUGCAACGCGUGGAGAACGCCGCGCGCGCGGACGUCGCCGCGGAAGCGUCUCUCGUGUACGCCGUUACGCGGCGGCGGCGAACGGGCAGUCCGGGGGCGGCGGUACGGCAGGGAAAAGCAGCCGUCGUCGCCGCUGCUGCUACUGCUGCUGUUGCUGCUGCCGUCGUCUCCGUCGUCGUCGUCGUCGUCGUCGUCAUCGUCGUCGUCUCUGUCUCCGUCUCCGUCUUCGUCUCGUUUCGCGUGCGCGAGCGAGCGACCGAGCAAGUGAGCGUGUGAGUGAGUAAGCGCGCGGUCGACGGACGGAGAAACGGAGAGUGUGCGCGCGUGUGUGCGAAAGAAAAGAGGCAGAGGAGAAAGACUGUGAGGGAGACAGAGACAGAGAGAGAGAGAGAGAGAGACACAAAAAGAAAGAUAGAGAUAUCGAAGAGGCCACCGGCCGACUUCGGUGCAGGACAAGACGACCCGAUGUCGGGAGCGGAUCGCGACCUCGUGUCGACCCGCGGUCGUCCUCGUCCUCGCCUUCGCCCUCGCGCGACGUCGUCGCCGUGCGUCGUCGUCGUGAGACCAACAGUGUCGCGUAAAUGUGCUCCCGUGCGCGCCCAUGUGCUGCACCUCCUUCUACUACUCAUCUGCCCGCUACCCCUGUGUCGUGCCCUGUUGUAAACCCGGAGCACACCACCCCCGACUAGCACGCCCGCACUCGCACGCGCGCACCUCGUACCCGCGAACAUGGCCAAGAUCCUCAACAAGGACCCCGUCACGUACGAGAAGGAGAGGGAGAAUUUCCUCAAAGAUCUCCGGCACUUCCACGAGACCCGAGGGACUCUUUUCAAAAAGACUCCGAAGAUAAAUGGGAAGGAUAUAGAUCUGUAUUUGCUAUAUGUGGUGGUUACCGCUCAUGGAGGAUGGAUUAAGGUCAAUACCAGGAAUGAAUGGGCGUCAUUGUGCGAACAAUUUCACCUGCCCAACGGUUGCAUCAACAGCGGAGUCGGUCUUAAACAAAUUUAUCUUCGGUAUCUGGACAGGUACGAGAAAGUCCACUUCCUAGGCGAGGAUGGCCAACAGGCUGAUGACGACGAUGAGGAUUCCAGGCAUCGGAAAUGGUCGGCCAGAGCACUGCACUCCGUUCCUCUCACUUAUAACCAUCAUCAACAUAACAUCGCAGAAUCUCUGCGCGAUUACAAUGGGCUCUCGGCGGAUCUUUACAAGUCUUCGAACUACGACAAGCUCGCGUUGUCGCUUCUGUCGCCACUGCCGAACGAGCAGGACUUCGCCAUUAAUGUCUGUACCCUUUUGUCGAACGAGGGCAAGCACACCCUACGGCUCGACAAGUAUCCCCGUUUGGUGAACAUCCUCCUGGCGCAUGCCGGUGUCUUUGACUCGCCUGGCACGCGACAACUGUUUAUCGAGGUGUACUCGCGCGUCCGUAACUAUUCUAUCAAUUCCUUCUGGUCGGACGUGCUUGAUUCCCAGGACGUGAUAGACCUCACGAACGAGAGAACCUUUAUGAAGAAGUCGCACACCAGCCUGCCGACAUUCUCUAGGCGGAAGACUCUUGAGAAAGAGAAACAGAGCAAGCAGGACGUUGCUACGUUGAUAACGGAGAACGAAGAACCCACGGCACCGAUCGAUGUCGAAGUGGUACCUCCUGAUUGUCCGCGGCUAGAUUCGCUUGUCCUACACUCGGAUGACAACCUGAAAGAUCAGAACCAAAAUUCCAUCAAGUUUGAGGAGGAAGACAAGGAUCUGUUUUGCGUCGGUCGGACGUUAGGCACGCAGGAUCCGUAUGGGCAGCGCGUGCUGCAAAUCGCAUCGAUUCUACGGAACCUCAGCUUCACGCCAGAAAACGCGACGGUAUUGGGCAGGAACCGAUGUUUCUUGCGAUUUGUCCUGCUGUGUGUGAGAGCGAGGUGGAGCAAUCUGCAUCAACUCGGCUUCGAUAUACUAGGAAACAUAGCGAACGAAGUUAUUUUAAAAGAAGCCGGCGAAAGGAUAACGGACGUUAUUCUGACGUGUGUAGCCAGAGGAAUCGAGUCCCAGGACAGAUUUAUCGUUAUAUCUUGUCUGGAGGUGCUCAACAAGAUUAGCCAGCAAGACAGUAACGAAGAAAUUGUCACGUUUGGUCUGGCUGACAAUGUAUAUGAACUUAUAUGCAGAUUUCUAGCUCUAAGCGAUAUAGCCCUCUUAGUGUAUACUCUGGAAUGUCUGUACGCUUUAACAUCGUUGGGUGAGAGACCAUGCACGAGCGUCGCGCGGGUCCGCGGUGCCAUCGAUACACUGGUCGCUCUCGUCACCGUGGAGGCGCAGAGUUACGGCCCGAAGGCUUGCAUUCUCAUGCGGGUGGUUGAAACGGUAUCCACAGUGGCGGCACAGCAGAACACCACAGGGCAAGCCUCCGCUGUCCCCGCCUCUCCUGCCACUCCAGCCACAACGACUGCGUCCGCGUCCACUCCUCCGUCUACACCGGCUACUGCUACUACGACGCCGGCGCCUGCCAGUCCAGCGUCUUCUCGACCUACGACUCCCGCUGCGACUUCGACCAAGUCGACAACGCACAAAGCAGUGGAGACAGCUAACGCGAUCCAACAGCAAAACGCGCAUCAGCAGAUUAUUCAGGAGAAUGAACAGUUUGCUCUAGGCUGGGUGAAAGCGACCUUCGAACUCGCACCCGGUGUACGCAUCGAGCAGGAGGAACUAUAUAAAAAGUAUCUUGGCUGCUGCACAAAAAUUGGUAGACGAGGCGUAAUAGCACCACUGCAUUUUCCUAGAUGCGUCAGAUCUGUUUUCGGCAAUAUUGUGGGGCCGAAUCCGUUGAAAGGCGAAAAUACCGGUACCCAGUAUUACGAAGGCAUCCGAGUACGAGGCGUGCCCAUGCCGAUAACCACUCCGAGCCAAAUCACCGCCGCCGUCGCGACUAAUACGCUCCCGAUUCCGGCGGUCAACACCACUCCAGUAAAGGUGCUUCCCGUUCAACAGCGUACAGUCAAGAAUAUAAGUCCCGCACCCGAUAGCACGGCCGCUCCCCAGGUCGAUAGUCCCGCCGCGUCGUCCGGGACGCAAACGACCUCCACCCCCGCGUCUCCUAUCCUCAAGGCCCAAUUAUCCGCACCGCCGAAACCCCCGUCCAACAACACCUCGAGCCAGUCCCAAAAUCCAGUGACCAAGGUUGAUUCUAAAAGUCAGGUAUCAGUAUCGCAUCCGCAUCUGAGCCAAGCGUUGCUAGCGAGCGGCUCCCAAACGCCGCAGCAGCCACAGCCGCAGCCGCAACCACAGUUACAAUGUGUCCAGGUAGUUGCUAAGGAAGAUAAUCGAAGUGGCACUACGUCGAGUUCCAUAAUAAAAAGCCUAUUGGCUACUAAGGUAACAGUCAGCAGCGACUGCAUGCCCAGUGCUGCUGCGACUUGUGUGUCUACCCCUACUGCCUGCGUAACAAACACUACUGCUAGCAUCGCAUCCAGCAUCAGUGCCAACCAGCUAAUAACCAGCAACCAGGUUGCCCAACGUCAACAACAACAGAGGUUACUACAACAGCAGAUGACGGGUGUGAUGCAGCCCGCUGCACCCGCGGCCAUCCCGGCCACGACACUCCCAAAGAUUCCCGUCAACGCUAAGCAGAAACCGGCAAUCGUACCUACCAUUCCUGCCAAAAAGAUACAAAGGCUCAAUGGGGCCAAGUUUAUUGUGACUAAUAACUGCGAGAAGACUGAAGUAAAUGAUAAUGACAAUGUCAACCAAAUUAUCACGUCCACGGCCACGACGGUGGUAAACUCGACUGAAAAUCACAUAUCCUCCUUACCGGUGAAGGUUUGUCGUCCACCCCAGACGACGACGACGACUGUCGCCACCGCUACACCAAACAAGACGAAUCAACGAGUAACAUGCAUAGCCGAGGAUUCAGAUUCUACCAAUAACUCAUUGGCGUCCAGUAGCGGUAUUGGCGGUAGCAGAGACUGUUCCUUCAGGGGGAACGAGGAGGAAAACAUGCCGACGAGUUUCGAAGGCAUCCUGCUUAACGGCGCGCCGACGAGUAACAACAUGGACAUCGACGCGCAGGAGGACGGCUCGUCCAAGGAUUCCUCGAGCGUGGGCUCGAAGGACAAGCCAUUGCAGAGCAUGAUGCUGGUGGACUUACUUGAGAGGAAGGUCGACAAGGAGCCAAUCCUGAACGGCGUACUCAGUAAGAACUCGAUUAACGAGAAGGAGAUGGAUUUGGUGGAGAAUCACAUCAAAAAAGUAUUAAAGGAAUCUCCUCCCACUGAACUAAAGAUAAAACCUGAAGUACAGAGCGGUAACAUUAUACAGAACGAAGCGUCUGAGGACACGCUAAUCGAAGCACCGCGAGGAAUCAAGCGAUCGGCCAGCGAAUCGGAUGAGAUGGAUAUUAAGAAGCCAAAGUAUUCGAACGGCACGAUGUCUCCUGAUCCGACUGUUGACUCGACUACGGCGGAGUCCACGGUGUCGAGUAUAAAAUCUGAGGAGCAGGAUGACGAUAAGGACAGUGAGAAAGCGACCGUUUCUUCUACUGCGGCGAAUCUCUAUGCCGCUCUGGCAGCGGAUUGCAUAGAGGACGAGAUGGAUUUGGAAGAGCAAGUAAACGUCAACAAGGAUACGAUAAAAGAGGAACCGCCGGUAACAGCACCAACGACCGCGACGGCAACAGUAACGGCGACAGCAGCAACGACGACAGCAACAAUAGCAGCGACAUCGGCAGUGACGGCAACGAUGGCGAUGGCAACAGUAACUGCGACUCCGGCUUCUCUUCCUCCUCCUCCUCUUCAUGUAAAGGCGGAAGCAGCGCCACUUCUCGUGGCGAAGGAAGAGCCACCGACUCUGCAUAUCAAGGAAGAACCUCACAUAUUCAUCAAUCAGAUUGCUAGCAUCAAUCAGCCACAAGCGCCGUCGCCGCAUCAACAACAGCAACAACUCAUAGUGACAGCACCUAGGCAGAUAGUCGUGCAGCAAACGAUUCCAUCGAGCAACCAGAUGAUUAUUCCUACGGCGGUGAAGGGCAGGCCACCUCCGCCUCAACCGCAGGUGCUCCUUCAGCAGAGCCCGAGCGGGCAGUUGCAGUAUGUGGUGUCGGGUGGAGUACCUGGUCAAAACUACGUGCUGGCGCAGCAGCAGACGGCUCUGGUCCAGGGACAAGCGCAGACUGUCCUUGUAGCGCAGACGACGCAACAACAGGGAACUGGUACCAAGACGAUUAUCAUAUUGCAGCCGCAAGCUGCCGCACAGCCGACUCCGCAAAAAAUGGUGGCAGUGACGCCACAGGGGCAACAGGUGGUAGUGACGCAAGUCCCUCGUCCGAUUCUGCAAAGCCCGGCGCUCAGCAACAUCCCGCCACCUCUCGUGCCCACGUCUGCUACCAUUCCGCAGGCCUCUAUAAUAGUCAAUAGCUCAGUGGCGCCGACUAAUCCGAAUACAGUGACCGUCACGAUUCCGGCGAUGGCCCAGCAAACUCCAGUGUCUACCAGUGUGCCGUCCAGAGUGGUGACGCCCACUCCGGCAUCUACGCCGCCGCCCACUAGGCCCACAACUCCGCAUCAGGCGGCGGCCACUCAUGGCGUAUCCGUUGCCAAACCGUCGCCCGUUACCAAAAUCGUGAAGACGGUAAGUUCAUCAACCUCCACUGAGCCAGAGUCGAAACCCUCUACGAGUCAACAGCAGCAACAACAACAGCAACAAUCAUUGCAAGAGAAUAAAACUAUUACGAUCAAAAUCGAUCCCAACGCCUACCUAUGCGAGUGGCGAGGCUGUCUACGACAAUUUAAAACACCGCACGAAGUCUAUCUUCAUGUUUGCGAGGCUCACUGUCCGAGUGGUGGCGAGGAGAUAUUGUGUCUGUGGGCAAGCUGCGACGCUCUCAAGAGACGCAAGUUCUCAUUAAUGACGCAUCUUUACGAUAGGCACUGUAAUGCGGACACAAUGUCGAUGAGGAGGAAACAGUUGACAGUGACGGGCAAAACUGAAGUUUCUACGUCUACACCCCCGACUCCGCAUCAUCCCGGAUACGCACCCAAUGCGGCAUUCCACGCUAUUAAACGGCAUGCUUUGGAAUUCGUUAAUCCUAAGGAGCUAAUGCAGCAAAGGCCGACCAAGCCCGCUGCAGCCACCUCAAGCUCUUCUUCCCCCAGACCUGGGCAAAAUUCUCCACCGGAACAGGAGGGUGUUGGCACGGCGCUCAUUUCGAUAAAUCAGCAGAGAAGCCGGACUCCUACGUACCAAGUAGACGUUGCUAGAUCCGAUGACAACGAAGGUCCAGUGACCAAAAGUAUUCGCCUAACGGCAGCUCUCAUUCUUAGGAACCUAGUCAUAUACUCAACACACGGUAGAAGGCAUCUUAGAGCAUACGAGCCCCACUUGGCAGGCGUGGCGUUAAGCAAUGUCGAAUCAUCGAGAACAAUCGCACAAGUCCUUUACGAUAUGAAUGACCAGAGUAGCAGUAGCCAUCAUAGGUGACCUCUUGAAUCAGGCCUCUAAAUGAUCUUUUAAUCUCGUGAGCAGCGAUCAACUUACAUUAUUUCGAAUUACGCGAAGCGAAAGCGAGUGCAUAAGUUUAUAGUCACUUGCUGUGCGCUAAUGCAUGUCCGUGGAUGUAUGUAUGCACAUGCAUGUGAGCUGACGUGAUGUGUGCUCAUGCAGUUUGAAGGACUGGAAAGACUCUAAAGAAGAAUGAUAGCGAAAGAGAGGAUAAAUGUUCCAUAUAUAGAAAAAAGAGGCCUAUAAACUUACUAGGCAAAUCAUUUUGCCAAUUUAGAUUAUGAUAAAUUGUAACUAUAGUGAAAUAUGCGAAUACAAAGAAGACAGUUAGGUCAAAUAUGGAAAAGUGAUAACAAGUUUGCGAAAGAAAAUAAGAUAAAGAGAGAAAAAUGUGUGUUUUGUGUGAGAUAGAGAGCGAAAAAGAGAAAAAAAUGAGUGAAUAAAUGAGAAAGAGUGAGUGAGCGAGCGAGAAAGAGAGAGAGAGAGAGAGAGAGAGAUGAUAUUUCAGAUUUAAUAUUAAUAUUUAUUUUCUCAACAAGAAAUGUGGAAAAAGUGUUUUUAGUAAACGUGUACAAAAAAGAAACGAAAAUACUUUAUAGACGUUAUAGUUAAUUAUAAUCAAUAUAUUAUUAUUAAUAUUAUAUUAUUCUAUUAUUAAUUAUUAUUGUGUUUUUUUUUUCGUAAAUCACCAAGGAUCUAGGAUAUAAAGGCAAAAAAGCGAAACCUUUUUAUGAAAUGUAUUUGUUAGGAAUUUGUUUUGCUUAUAAUUGCAAUUACGUGGCUAAUUAUCGUCUCUCUUUGUUUUAUUAUUAAUUAAUCUACCGACAGAAAUUAGUAAGAUAUAACAGUACAUGCAUCGGCAUGCUAGCGAGUUCGUCAUUAGAAGUUUGUCAGCAGAACAUUCAUAUCACUGCAUAAAUCUAACGACGUCUAGUUUAGAUCAGUUUUAGCUCGGUGACUUCUAGCCAUUCGACUUCUGCAAUGUGUCAGGAUACUUAGAGAAAGAUUUUUUACGCUCGCUAAGUAAUGCGGCAUAUCGUUAGACAAAUUUAUAAAAUGACUUUGUCAUUAGCGUGACUUCCAAUCAAAAGAAUAUCUCGCAAAAAAUCUCAACGAUAUUGACAAAUUAAUGAGUUAUGAAUAAGUAGGCAAAUGUCAAACGAAUAUUGUUUAUAAUAUUUGAAUUUAAAGGCCUAAGAUCUUUCUUUAUACGAUGACUAACUUCUUUUUUCGAUUUUUAUUUAACUAAAAAAUUUCAUUAUCGAUAUCCAUACAUGUAAUUAGAAUCGUAUUUUCUUUUUCAUUUUCGGCAGAGUUUAGUGCUCUGAACUGAUGUGUAAAAGUAUCCUACUUCGAAUAUCUCAAUUGAACAUAACUUAUAUAACAUAUUUACACAAUAGAUGCGAAAUUUGUUAUGAAUAUAUCGUAUAAAAUGUAAUAUAAUCAUUGCAACGCAUAAUGACAAAGUUGUCUUUUGAUGUAAUACUCUAACAUCGUUUAAUUUUAAACAGAGUUUGCUCUGGAGGAUCGUAUAGAAAUUUUUUUAUAUUAUGUAGCGUACGUGAAAAAAAGAGAAGAUACUAUUAAAAAUAUAAAUUUUCGUCUAAACCAAAUAAAAUCGAUUCAAUGAAUUAUCCAUUAUUUGUCGAAUCGGAAAGAUAUGUAAAAUAAAUCUUUAUUCGAACGGCGUUAUGGUGACAAGUAUUUUACGUUCUCGAACGUCACUACUUCGCAAACGGCGUAGGUUGCAUUUAUUGAAUUUUUUUAACACCACAUACAUUGCAUAAAAAAUAAGAAUAAGCUGAUCAUAUUAAAAUUUGUAUAUCUAUGUAUAUAUACAUAUACAUAUAUGUACAUGCAUAUGCGUAUAUACAUAUAUAUAAAUAUAUAAAGAUAUAUAUACUUGUACAUAAUGCCUGUAUUUCAUUCAUGAUGUUAAAACCUCUGUGUAAAUUUCUUAAGAUUGUAAGUUUAAUGCGUCUUUAAGAGAAAACAAAGUAAAAGAUUCUUGUAUUAUAAUAGAUUGUGACAAGACAUAGAAGUUGCAAGAAAACGGAUUUUUGUAAUUAUUUAAACUGGUUCGGUGAGAAGAAAAACAACAAGAGGAACGGUUUCGUCUUAUAUUACAAAACGGCCGUUUAAGAAUAGACAUAAAAGUAUGAUAAUGGACCCUGUGCGAGCCUCUAUAUAUUAUGUAUUUUAUAUAUAAAUAUAUAAAAACAAGUUUAAUAGCUGAACGUUUUUAGGAGGAUGGAAAUCUUGUGAGAGGCUUUUUAUUUUUAUUAUUUGUAAUUAUACCUAGUUUAUAAAUACAUGUUCACCGUUUCGUACGAUCAUCGAGAUCAUAAAUAAACAUCUGUGUAAAGGAAUAAAAGAACGAUAUAAUAAAUUACUAAAUACGAAGGAGAAUAUGGGAAAAAUA